AUGGCCGCCAGACUCAAGCAGGCAAGGGUCAACGUAACAUUGGAUGCUUGGAAUGCUCUUUCUAUGUUCUCCUCUGACUUAUCGAAGCAGAAUCACUGGGAUGCCUACUAUAUUUUUCGUCAAUUAUGCGUCAAGAGUGCUUUCCGAUUUGUCGCCAAUGCAGAAGAUCUGUACCCAGGUGUACCGCUUUAUACGAGGUCCAACAUUUCGUUACCCCUCCGCCGAACAUUUCUUACGAAGGUUCAGAGAAGACAGCUGACAGAUUCCAAUAAACUAAAAAACGUCCAGUCUAGUUUACUGGAUACUAUGCCCGCUCGCUUCAAUGAAUUUCCGGAGCAUUUGCAUGCCAAUUGGCCUGCUAUUUGUAGGGCUAUCAAUCAGUACGUAGAGGCGAAGAGGGAUAUCGCCCAACUUCCUGGACCCUCUGGCAGUGGAGAUGUAAAUGUUGACGAGACUGAUGAUCCUCUCUUGUGGAGUUUAAACCUGGUCAACAAUCGGCUGAAGGCAGCGCCUUCACUCGAAGUGAUCCAAAUGUCGCCAAUACGACUGCAUUCCUCAAUUUCACCCGAUCUGGACAGCACUUUUGACCUUGCCAAUAGCGGAUUGCCCAGCAAUGAGCUCCUGGAUUACUAUCGCCGAAAGGUCGCCUCCCUCACUGCUGAAAGCGACGCUUUUCAGAGUCGGUUAGAUCGGUUAGCCAAGAUCACACACCGUCAAAACAACUUGCAUGAACAACUUCAGGAGAGUGACGUAACUACACAUCGAUUACGUGACCAACUUUCAGAAGUUCAGAUACUGGUGCACAAGGAACGGGACCAUGUGUUGCGUCUCUAUGCCGAAAUAGAUAGGUUGAAACUUCGGGAACUCGACGACCGCCGCAGGAUCCAGUACCUGUUGAGGCUCUCGGGCUUGGCUUCAGCUGAAGCCGCGUACUUCUUGCCCGAUUGCGCCCACCUGGGAGAACAAUUUAACGCGAGCAAAGCCGUAGUGUCGUGUAAUCGACGAUGUAUGGCGUCCUCGUGUCCGUUCCGUGGUUCCUCGACUAAAGGUGGUCGUGGGCGCAAGCCAUGUUCCCAACACAAUAGUCGUGUCUCCGCGCACGCUGACAACACUAUUGCAAAUAUCGACUAUCAGUCUGUGGUCUGGGACCUUAAGUGCUCGGAGACAGCCCUCUACGCUCUUAAAAAACAACUCGAGGAGCAAAGCAAAGCCGCUCAGGAUCGUAUUGAGAGUCUCCUAGUUGAUCGACGAGAGCUGAUAAAGGCGCGGCAGGCUCAAACCCACAUGCUAAAGGCUCGGAUAGUGGAGCUCCAGGAUCAAGUAAAGAGCUGUCAGACGUUAUUACUCGAAAGUGCGAAUGAAAACCUGCGUCAGAGGCGACAGUAUUGUUUCGCAAAAGGAACAUGGAUGGGCGAGAAGACAAGCCUGCUAGCUCAGCAGGGUGUUUCCGAGAGUCAUCCAUCAAAAAGUAACGGCACGACAGAGUGGAAAUUACAUAAUCAACUAACAUCUCAGGGUAAAACAUCAAGGACAAAGUCCGUCGUGGCUUUGACGCCAGCGGGACCACAAUUUGUAGAGCCCGUGGAUGUUUCGAAGAUGGACGGUAUUCAGAGACGCGAAUAUGAACAUAGGAAGACCACUGACGAAGUGCAAUGUGGACUUGAGCAGCAGCAGCAGCAGCAACUUGCCACCACGCAUCGUGAGCAGGCUUUGAACAUGUCUGAAAAAACGCAGCAAAACCUUGAAGAAGACCAUCAUCCAAUGGAAAGUUUUGAAAACAUGACAGAAAAACUAACAGAACGAAUUCGUGUGUGGGUUCAAAAGUACCGGAACCUCGAGCGUCGAAGGAAGCUGGAGGUCGAGGGCUAUCGCACGGACAUUGCCGCCUUGAAAAAAAGACUCGUCGAUGCGGAAGCAAGACUUACCGAGAUGACGAGGACAGCUGAGCGUGACUCGGAGCUGGCGAAUGCCAAGCCAGUUGGCGUCGACCUCCUCCGUCUUUUUCAACAAAUGCCCUGCAAAUCGGCGCGCUCCAGAGCCCUGGCCAGUGAACUCAUUAAAUUGAAUCAGCUGAUGUACAAAUUGUGGGACAAUUCCCGUCGUCUGUAA